UAUCGGUCAUAUUUGAUAUUUAAAACGCCAUCUACAAAAUCGAUGAUAGAUGGAACUACUAUCAAUUCUCCCAACACGUCAAAGUCCAUCUGUCCAUGCGUGGUGUGGUAGUGGGUGAUUCAGGGCGAUUCGUUUUCUUGGUUGCUGGCCGUGAUAGCAUCCGCUGUUGUUCACAUACUGUUUUCUCAUUCGUCACGCAUUUUUAAAUGGUCACACUUUAUUGCCACGAUGGUCACGAGGACAUGAUUCCCGUGAUGCAAUUAGCGCGAAAGUCCGCUCUCGGGAGAUAUGCCAGUGCGAUAAUAACGAAAAAUUCAGGCUGCUGUAUGAGCUACGGUUUCGCUAAGCAACGAAAUCAUAGCAUCCAACGACACACGAGAGGUGCUUCGAUUUCAAGUAGUCAUGCUAUUCCGUGAUGUCAACUAGAUUGAUUGACAUAUACGCUGUCAAAUUUUAUCUAUGCAGAUUCGGAGUACAGUUUAUAUAUUCAUUGAAACUUUAAUUCUAAGAGAAUGACAAGUAACAUGGGUAAGGAAGCCAAGACAAUCUUGAAAUUGAAUGUAGAGAGACCUGUACUUGAAGAACAAGAUCUACGUCAAUUAUAUCAAUAUGAAAAACCAAACAUAUCUGUGAUACAAAGUGUUAAGAAAUCUUUAAGAUCUGCAAGUUGUAAAGGAUGUAUUGAAAAUGUAAUUCCAGCUUCUUACUGGCUAAGAAAGUAUAAGUGGCGAAAUGACUUUAUGUACGAUGUUAUUUCUGGUCUCACUGUAGCUAUAAUGCAUAUACCUCAAGGUAUGGCAUAUGCACUUCUAGGCAAUUUAACUCCAGUUAUUGGUAUAUAUAUGGCUUUUUUCCCUGUACUUACCUAUGUCUUCCUUGGCACUUCAAGACAUGUUUCCAUGGGAACUUUUGCAGUUGUUUGUCUUAUGACAGGCAGAGCUGUUUUAGCCUAUUCAACCCCCCUGGAAACCAUUGAGAAUUCUAAUAAUACACUAAAAGAGUCUCAGCUGUUGCAACAUACAAAAAUAUAUACACCGAUACAAGUUGCUACAUCUGUUACUUUCAUGGUUGGCAUAAUUCAGCUCAUAAUGUAUGUAUUUAGAUUGGGUGUAAUAAGUACUUUAUUGAGUGAAACCUUUGUUAAUGGUUUCACCACUGGGGCAGCAAUUCAAGUAUUGCUUUCUCAAGUAUUUGAUUUAUUAGGAUUGAAUUCAGUAAAACCAAGAGGCUACUUCAAACUUAUCAAAACGUUUUAUGUUAUCUUCAAGGACAUUCCAGAUGCUAACAUAGCUGCUGUGAUAACUUCGUGUAUUACUUGUUGUCUAUUAACUUUCAGUAAUGAGCUAAUCAAACCUUGGGUAGGUAGAAAAUGCAAGUUUCCAUUACCAAUGGAACUGUUAGCAGUAAUAACUGGAACAUUAGUUUCCAGUAUUUUCAACUUACCAGCAUCAUAUAACAUAAAAACCGUUGGAAAAAUACCAACAGGAAUACCAGAACCUCAGUUACCAGCGUUUUCGUUGCUCCCGACCGUCGCUCUUGAGAGCAUUGGAAUAACAAUGGUUUCCUACACAGUGACAAUGUCUAUGAGCUUUAUAUUUGCCAAAAAAUUACACUACGAUGUUGACUCUAAUCAAGAGUUAUUUGCUAUGGGCAGCAGCAACAUAUUUGGUGCUUUCUUCUCCUGCAUGCCGAUCUCGGCAUCACUUAGUAGAUCUCUAAUCCAACAGGCUGUAGGUGGAAAAACUCAGCUUGCUAGUAUAAUUUCUUGUUUAAUAUUACUUGUGAUACUAUUGUGGAUUGGCCCGUUUUUCGAGCCAUUACCUAGAUGUGUUUUAGCUUCAAUUAUAGUUGUAGCAUUAAAGGGAAUGCUAGUGCAAGCAAAAGAAUUAGCGAAAUUUUGGAAGAUGAGUAAGAUUGACGGUAUAGUGUGGAUGUUAACAUUCAUAUCUACGGUUGUAGUUAGCAUCGACGUAGGUCUAAUUGUCGGUCUAUUAGCAUCGAUAGCCAGUAUUUUGUUCCAAAGUGUAAGGCCUUACAGUUGUUUAUUGGGCCAUGUACCAAAUACCGAGUUAUACUUGGACACAAGUCGUUACAUUGGAGUCGCUGAGAUAUUCGGUAUAAAAAUUUUCCACUACUCCGGUGGUCUGAACUUCAUAAAUGCAGGCCAGUUGAGCCAUGACCUUCAAGAGAAGGUCGGCGUGAAACCUCGACUAGUAUUGAAGCACCGUGCCAAACUCGCAAAGAAGGGUAUUUACGCGGAACCCAAUGAUUUUGAAACCAAAUGUACUAUCAAGUGCAUUGUCAUCGACGUGGGAGCUGUGUCCAAGAUCGAUUCAAGUGGAGUACACGCGUUGCGCGAAAUUGUCGCAGAUUUUGCUCAAAUUGAUAUUUCUGUUUAUUUGGCCGCUUGUUCGCCCUUGGUCUACGACAAAAUUCAAAGAUGUGAUCAAUUAGAAAUGGGUCAGCUUACGUUCGUCGUAUUCGCCACUGUUCAUGACGCCGUUUUCUACGCAAAACGCGAACUCAUGUCUAAAUCUUGAGACAUUUUUACUUUCGCUGUUCUGACAUUAUUUUAUUGUCAAUUAUGACGUCAGUACUUGAAAAAGAUGUAAUUUUAAUCGAAUCUUGUGUCAUAGCUCUUACAGAGUUUUUUAAAUAAUUUAAACGAAUAUCCAAAUAUCUAUCUUAAAUAUUAUUUUGAUCAAUUUUAUCCACGAAGACUUUCUAGCUACUUAAUUUUAUGGCAUGUUAAAUUAUUUUUUAUGAACAAGUUGACUUUUGAUAAUGGAACAUAGGAUCAUUACCUAUUUAUAGAAGCUGCUCAUCGUGCGCUCUCUUAUUAAGUAUUACUUGAAUUGCAUCUGUACUUGAACUAUGUAAUCGAACAUAAUUUUUUGAUAAAAAAAAACAAUAUUUUUAUACUAUUCAAACGGUAUAAUCAACAUAUCUCUAUAAAAAAAUAUUCUUAUAAAAGUAUAUUACAAUUUUGGGAUAUCUAUAAGAGUAUAUAUUAUAUAUUUAUAUAAUGUUUAAAGUUAUAUAAUUCAAAAUUUAUUGGACAAACCGAAUUAAAUUG